AUGCCACGAGGAAUGCACAGUCCAUUGCCUGCAUCGCUACGCAGCGAAUGCAUUAAAGCCAGUCAAAUCCUGGAGUCCUUCAUUAAUGGCUCCUUUCGUGGAAGCCCGGGCAAAGAACUGCCGGCGCGGGUUCUCGCUAGUGCCAAGGGCUUCGCUAUUUUCACAGCCUCUAGGGCUGGGUUUCUCGGAUCCGUUCGAUUUGGAUCUGGUAUCCUUAUUGCCCGCCUUGAUGACGGCAGCUGGUCAGCCCCCUCAGCUAUUGCAAUAGCCGGUAUCGGUGCCGGGGGCCAAUUUGGUCUUGAAUUGACCGAUUUUGUCUUCAUGUUGGAUGAUCAGGCGUUGCAUACAUUCUCUCGUCUUGGUAGUUUAACGCUAAGUGGGAACAUUUCUAUAGCAUUUGGACCAUUUGGUCGAAGUGCUGAAUAUUCGGGAGGCGCGAGCAGCAAAGGUGUCGCAUCUAUGUUCAGCUAUUCCAAGACAAAGGGGAUAUAUGGCGGCUUGACUAUUGAGGGCGGUAUGGUGCUAGAGCGUAGAUCAGCAAAUAAGAAGUUCUAUCAGCGUAAGGUAACGGUGAAUCAGUUGCUGAAGGGAGAGAUUGCACCUCCGUCAGAGGCAGAAUCUUUGAUGCGUGUUUUAGCUGACAAGAUCUUCUCUCCAUCCACCUCCGAGCUGUCGCGCAACCCUUCGGGGAGUGAAGCAGCAGAACUGUCAGGAGAACUGGAUGCACAACAACACAUCCCAUCUGUUAUCCAGGCAGGACUGGAUGGUAAUCAAGCCAUACAUGAACUUGAGGGAACACCAUCCAGUCCGCAACCUGCAGAGACACUGCAGCUUUCCGUGCAGCCUUCUACCCCUGGGCCCUCUAGAGAGCCUUCCGGGAAAGAAGAUCAAGAAUCUGGAAGGUCAUCUGAAAAUGCAUCUGGAGAGCCUUCUGAGAUACCGGGCCAGGAAUCUCCCGAGAAACCAUCUAAAAAUACAUCUGAAGAAAUAGCCCCUUCAAUCCCUGAGAAACCUUUGCCAUCAGAUAAGGUGACUCCCCAGGGCCCUUCGAACUCACACUCUGAGGAAUUGGCUUCAAAUGCCUAA